UGAUUUUGCAUUUCCGGGUAGGGGGCACCUGUGAGCCACAUGCGUGCCCUACCCGCGUCAAUCAGCGGGUCCUGGCCUGGUCUUCCUCCCUGUAAGCUUGGGCACACUGCUCCAGAUCAGUGUGCUUACAGUGAAGCACCCCCCUGCCCUAGUAAAACACCCCCUACACACAGUUAACCCUUUGAUCGCCCCUCACAUUAACCCCUUUCUUCCCAGUGCCAUUAGUACAGUGUCAGUGCUGUUUUUUAGCACUGAUCACUGUAUUGGUGUCACCGGUGAUGUCAGUGACACCAAGUUAGUUCCCCCCAGUGUCAGAAUGCCCACCUCAGUCCCACUACAA